UACCAAAUAAUCGCAUCUAGAUUAUAUUUACAACACUAACAGUUUACUACAGGUUGGAUAUUUGUCACUAAUAUUUGUUUUGUGAUCUCACCGUUUAUAUACGUUCAACAUUUAACUACAUAGUACGAAUUUUUAAUCGUAAGUAUGGCCCCUGUUAUUGAAAAAGUGGUAGAUGGAUUAACGUUUGCAGAAUCGCCUUAUUGGGAUGCAAACAACCAGUGUCUCUAUUUUGUUGACCUCAUGGAAAGCACAGUAUAUAGGUAUGCACCGAGGAGUAAGCGGAAAUUAAGGCAAGUUAAAAUAGAAAACCAUAAAAUAUCAAUGAUAAUUCCAGUAAUGGAGAGAAAAAAUCGUUUUAUAAUUGGACUGAACAAUUCGAUAGCAGUUAUGGACUGGAACAGAAAAGAUAGUGAAGUAAAAUCAAUCAAUAAACUUUACGAAGUUGACAUAGAUUACGUAAACUUUUUUACUGGCGGAAAAUUUGACCUAACCGGAAGAUUAUGGGCAGGCACUACGACUGACUAUGGUGUAUCUGGAAAUUUUAGGGGGAAGCUUUACAGUUUUGAUGAAGAAGGUGUUGUCAAGUGCCAUCGAAUUGGAAUCGGUAUUUCGAAUGGUAUAGCUUUUGACUAUAAUAACAAGAAAAUGUAUUUUACAGACUCACUAAGCCAAAGAAUAGAUCAAUACGACAUUGAUUUUAACACCGGAUCAUUGUCUAACAGGCAAGUUAUUUUCUCGUUAUACAACCAUGCAGAAUUUGAUGAAGAUGCCAUAUGUGGUGGCAUGACGAUAGAUAAAGAAGGAAACCUAUGGGUAGCAGUCUUCGAAUCUUCAAGAGUGUACAAAAUUAAUCCACGAAUACCAGAUACUGUCUUGCAGAUAUUGCAAUUUCCAAAUUCACAAAUAACUUCUAUCACAUUUGGAGGAAAACAUUUAGAUGAGCUAUAUGUAACUUCAGCAGGGAUUCAAGGAAAUAUGGAAGAAAUCCACGGUUGUGUCUAUCGGGUUACUGGAUUGGACGUUAAAGGAGUGCCAGCAGACAAAGGCGUUGUUCUUUAAAACCGAGCAAAAUAGUUAAACUUUUUUAUUUAUUUUGUAAUAACUUCUAAAUAAAUUUUAAAUAAAAAA